AAAAUCCCAAUACGUGUAAAUUAUUUGGUUUAUGUGAAAGUUAUAGCGUUUACAAAUGGCAGUAUAGAUACUGGACUUUUUUUUAUACUAAUAAUGGUGCGACCAGCGACUUAUAGGGGGACUGCGGCGGGCAUUCUGACACUGGGGGGAACUGACUUGGUGUCACUGACAUCCCCAGUGACAACAAUACAGUGAUCAGUGCUAAAAAAAAAGCGCUGACACUGUACUAAUGGCACUGGGCAGGAAUGGGUUAACAUGAGGUGC